GAGCGAGAGAGAUAGCGAGAGCGCGCGAGCGCCGGCGGACUCGCCCAGGUCUGUUUCCAAAGUCGCCCUUGAUGGCGGCGGAGGCGCGGCAGCCGCGGCGCGGAGCAGCAGACGCGCGCUAGUGGGUCCGCCCGCCGCCGCCCCUUCCCCCGCGCGGGGUUCGCCCCUGCCGCCCCCCGCGCCUGUCAGCGCUCCGGCCCCGGGCGCGCCAGCCUUCCGGACGCCCGCGGUCCGGGCGGACUGUGCUCCUGGUCCUCCGCCCGCGGUUUCCAGCACCGCUCCUUCCCCCGGCCGGGGAGGGAGGCGGGAUUGAUCUUCGAUCGCGAAGAUGGCUGCUGGCUGCCUGCUGGCCUUGACUCUGACACUUUUCCAGUCUUGGCUGAUCGGCCCUUCGUCGGAGGAGCCGUUCCCUUCGGCCGUCACUAUCAAGUCAUGGGUGGAUAAGAUGCAAGAAGACCUUGUCACACUGGCAAAAACAGCAAGUGGAGUCAAUCAGCUUGUUGAUAUUUAUGAGAAGUAUCAAGAUUUGUAUACUGUGGAACCAAAUAAUGCACGGCAGCUGGUGGAAAUUGCAGCCAGGGAUAUUGAGAAACUUCUCAGCAACAGAUCCAAAGCCCUGGUGCGCUUGGCUUUGGAAGCAGAGAAGGUUCAAGCAGCCCACCAGUGGAGAGAGGAUUUUGCGAGCAAUGAAGUUGUCUACUACAAUGCAAAGGAUGAUCUUGAUCCUGAAAAAAAUGAGAGUGAGCCAGGCAGCCAAAGGAUAAAACCUGUUUUUAUUGACGAUGCUAAUUUUGGACGACAGAUAUCCUAUCAACAUGCAGCGGUCCAUAUCCCCACUGACAUCUAUGAGGGCUCAACAAUCGUGCUAAAUGAACUCAACUGGACAAGUGCCUUAGAUGAAGUUUUCAAAAAAAAUCGAGAAGAAGAUCCUUCGUUGUUGUGGCAGGUGUUUGGCAGUGCCACAGGCCUGGCCCGUUAUUAUCCAGCUUCUCCAUGGGUUGAUAACAGUAGAACUCCAAACAAGAUUGAUCUUUAUGAUGUACGCAGAAGACCAUGGUACAUCCAAGGAGCUGCAUCACCUAAAGACAUGCUUAUUCUGGUUGAUGUGAGUGGAAGUGUUAGUGGGUUGACACUUAAAUUGAUCCGCACAUCUGUCUCUGAAAUGUUGGAAACCCUCUCAGAUGACGAUUUCGUGAAUGUAGCUUCAUUUAACAGCAAUGCCCAGGAUGUGAGCUGUUUUCAGCACCUUGUCCAAGCCAACGUAAGAAAUAAGAAAGUGCUGAAAGAUGCAGUGAAUAACAUCACAGCAAAAGGAAUCACAGACUAUAAGAAAGGCUUUAGUUUUGCUUUCGAACAGCUGCUUAAUUAUAAUGUUUCUAGAGCCAAUUGCAAUAAGAUUAUCAUGUUGUUCACGGAUGGAGGAGAAGAGAGAGCCCAGGAGAUAUUUGCCAAAUACAACAAAGAUAAAAAAGUACGUGUAUUCACAUUUUCAGUUGGCCAACAUAAUUAUGACAGAGGACCUAUUCAGUGGAUGGCCUGUGAAAAUAAAGGUUAUUACUAUGAAAUUCCUUCCAUUGGAGCUAUAAGAAUCAAUACUCAGGAGUACUUGGAUGUUCUGGGAAGACCAAUGGUUUUAGCAGGGGACAAAGCAAAGCAAGUCCAGUGGACAAAUGUGUAUCUAGAUGCACUGGAACUAGGACUUGUCAUUACUGGAACUCUUCCGGUCUUCAACAUAACUGGCCAAGUUGAAAAUAAGACAAACUUAAAGAACCAGCUAAUUCUUGGUGUGAUGGGGGUUGAUGUAUCUUUGGAAGAUAUUAAGCGACUAACACCACGUUUUACACUCUGCCCCAAUGGCUAUUAUUUUGCAAUUGAUCCUAAUGGUUAUGUUUUAUUACAUCCAAAUCUUCAGCCAAAGAACCCUAAAUCUCAGGAGCCAGUAACUUUGGAUUUCCUUGAUGCAGAAUUAGAGAAUGACAUUAAGGUGGAGAUUCGAAAUAAAAUGAUCGAUGGAGAAAGUGGAGAAAAAACAUUCAGAACUCUGGUUAAAUCUCAAGAUGAGAGAUACAUUGACAAAGGGAACAGGACAUAUACAUGGACUCCUGUGAAUGGCACAGAUUACAGUUUGGCCUUGGUAUUACCAACCUACAGUUUUUACUAUAUAAAAGCCAAAAUAGAAGAGACAAUAACUCAGGCCAGAUAUUCAGAAACACUGAAGCCGGAUAAUUUUGAAGAAUCUGGCUACACAUUCAUAGCACCAAGAGAUUACUGCAAUGAUCUUAAGAUAUCAGAUAAUAACACCGAAUUUCUUUUAAAUUUCAAUGAGUUUAUUGACAGAAAAACGCCAAACAACCCAUCCUGUAAUACGGAUUUGAUUAAUAGAGUCUUGCUGGAUGCAGGCUUUACAAAUGAACUUGUCCAAAAUUACUGGAGUAAGCAGAAAAACAUCAAGGGAGUGAAAGCACGGUUCGUUGUGACUGAUGGUGGGAUUACCAGAGUUUAUCCCAAGGAGGCUGGAGAAAACUGGCAAGAAAACCCAGAAACAUACGAGGAUAGCUUCUAUAAAAGGAGUCUCGAUAAUGACAACUAUGUUUUUACUGCUCCCUACUUUAACAAAAGCGGACCUGGUGCUUACGAAUCAGGCAUUAUGGUAAGCAAAGCUGUGGAAAUCUAUAUCCAAGGAAAGCUUCUUAAACCUGCAGUUGUUGGGAUUAAAAUUGAUGUAAAUUCUUGGAUAGAGAAUUUCACCAAAACAUCAAUCAGGGAUCCGUGUGCUGGUCCAGUUUGUGACUGCAAAAGAAACAGUGAUGUAAUGGAUUGUGUGAUUCUAGAUGAUGGUGGGUUUCUUCUGAUGGCAAAUCAUGAUGAUUAUACUAACCAGAUUGGAAGAUUUUUUGGAGAGAUUGACCCAAGUCUGAUGCGACACCUGGUUAAUAUAUCGGUUUAUGCUUUCAACAAAUCUUACGAUUAUCAGUCAGUGUGUGAGCCUGGUGCUGCACCGAAACAAGGAGCAGGGCAUCGCUCGGCAUACGUGCCAUCAAUAGCCGACAUAUUACACAUUGGCUGGUGGGCCACUGCAGCUGCCUGGUCUAUUCUACAGCAGUUUCUCCUGAGUUUGACCUUUCCACGACUUCUUGAGGCAGUUGAGAUGGAAGACGAUGACUUUACAGCCUCUCUGUCAAAGCAGAGCUGCAUUACUGAACAGACCCAGUAUUUCUUCGAUAAUGAUAGUAAAUCAUUCAGUGGUGUGUUAGACUGUGGAAACUGUUCCAGAAUCUUUCACGUAGAAAAACUUAUGAACACCAACUUAAUAUUCAUUAUGGUUGAGAGCAAAGGGACUUGUCCCUGUGACACACGACUGCUCAUACAAGCAGAGCAGACUUCUGAUGGUCCAGAUCCUUGUGAUAUGGUUAAGCAACCCAGAUACCGAAAAGGACCCGAUGUCUGCUUUGAUAACAAUGUCUUGGAGGAUUAUACUGACUGUGGUGGUGUUUCUGGAUUGAAUCCCUCCCUGUGGUCCAUCAUUGGCGUCCAGUUUGUACUACUUUGGCUUUUAUCUGGCAGCAGACACUGCCAGUUGUGACCUUCUAAAACUAAAUCUGCAUAAUUAAACUCCAGACCCUGCCAAAACAUGAGCCCUUGGUCGCAUUAAAAUAGGGUCAACUGUGGAAUCAGCAGAACACUAGCUGGGCCCAUACCAUGGCAUAAAUGUAAGGCGCAGACUCAUAUGACACCCACUGGCUGCAUGUCAGGGUAUCAGAUCCUUGAACUUGUGUGAAUGCUGCAUCAUCUAUGUAUAACAUCAAAGCAAAAUUCUAUACAUGCUCUAUUGGAAGAUUUGAGAGUUUGUCGUUGCAUUGUUGGUGAUUACAUGUAAAAGGGCUCCCCAUACUGUUUAUGAAUCAUACAAAUUGUCUUGACCUUGACAUGGAAUUUUGACCUGCUGCAAUUCUCGUUCUUUUACCAAGAAAAUCUGUAGAGGAAAAAAUGGAGUUAUUUUUGCCUUCACGUAUUCUUCUGUUAAAAAUUAUUUCCUGCUUUGAGUAAUGGUUAUUGAAAAAAACAAAACAAAACAGAGAUUGGUGUAAUCUGUUGAAAUAGAAAUAAUGGCUAAUUUUCUACAAAAAAAAAAUUUGCCAUAAAUAAAAUGCCUUAUGAAGAAUGGCUUCUCUGCCAAAAAUGUAACACAAAUGAUGACCAAUUAAGUUUAGCUGAGAGAAUGAAUUGGUGUUUGAAAACAAUAACUAAGAAACUAUUAAACUAAAGGUGCUUGAAGGUGCAAUUUGAAUAUGUUACCUAUCUCCUCAUAAAUGUAAGCCCUUAAUAAAUGCUUCGAUGUAAUGUUUCUUUUGUUCACAGUAAAGUUAUGUAGUGCUAGCCAGAUAUUUCAAAAAGCUCUAAGAGAAACUUGUUGGGGGGAGGGGAAAACGUUUUUUUCUCGUGAUAAAUGAACUUUGGUUAUCAAGGGUAUUUUGCAUGAUGCUGCUGCUAUUUUAACUUUCGGUUUUUGUUUUUCUCUUACUGUAGAGUAUAGUCCUUUGAAAAGUUAACUGAGUGACAUUAUUGUUAUGUAAGACUCUGAACCUUGCAGUGGAAUGCACUUAAGUCAUCUUUACAAAUGUCGUUCAAUUACUCUGAAUAUACUGUGCAAUGUCAAUGCCGAAUGAUUGGGUUAGGGAAAUGGUGAAAUGGGAAUUAAUGGAUUUUAUACAGACUCGUGCUUUUGCCUGAAAACCUAUGUACAGAUAUUUUAAGUACAUAAAUCAGAUUUGACACAUUUAUUUUUUGAAGAGUACAUAUAUGUUCUCAAUGAAGAUUCAUACUAGGUUUCCUCUUUGUUCGUUUGAAUAGUAGCGCAUAAAAUCCAAACAUUUCUGCUGCUGCUGCUUUUGUCCCUCCAUUUUAAGCGGUAUGAUCACUUGACCAAAAUUUCCAUGCAGUUUGCUGAGGGUUUUAUAACAAUCUGAACAAAUAGGAAACCUUGAAUCUGUAUACACAUGAAUACUUGAUUGUGAAUAAUCAAAAUUGUUUUUAUACAGCCUCAUUGGUGAAAAUGAUUAGUAUAGUAAAUCAAAUAUUUCAUUAUAGAGUAAUAUGGUAGAUUAUUAUUUAUGCUUUUCAAAAUAAUUUUCAAGAGUCAACAGUGUUUGAAGAAAGGGUAAAACCAAUGAAUGUGUAAUUCUAGUUAAAGUGAGCAAUUCUGCCGAAGGCUAGAAGUGUGCAGAUAUUUUUUAUGGCAAAAUGCAUUUGUUCUUAUUUUGAACAUGCCAAAUUCUGGUGUGUGUAUAUGCUGGAAAUUUUCUUAUACGUCAUUUUUAAGUCAAAAUCUUAUUAACAUUAUCCAGCAUGCUUUAAUAUGCUCUGCAUAUCAAAGACAUAACCACGUCUUUAGCAUAGCUUAAAAGACAUUUGUUUUGUUUUUAGCUCUGCAUACAUUUGUCAUUCCCUCUCACCACCAGUAUACCCUAGGUACCAUUUGUGUAUAUUUCCUUAUUUAAACUAUUUUUUAUUUAUAAAUGGGGGGGGACGGGAAUGGAAUCACUUUGCCAGCUAUUGUUCUAGGAGUUGACAUCAGUUACCAUUUCUAUCUCGUUGUGAUUUUGUAGUCUCAUUUGUAACUGGUAUUGACAUUUUAGAAAACACCAAAGUGAUUUAAAAAAAUACGGAACUUCUCACUCUAGUAACACUAUGUUUAAAUCAUGUUGUUUGUUAAUUAAAUAUUUAAAACUUCUUGUUAACUUUUGCUAGACUAUUUUAGGUCAUGAAAGUGUUGGGAAGGGGAUAUCAAAAUAUCAAAUUAUGUUAGUUCGUGUGUAUAUAUGAUGCACAUUAAAACAACUGAAUUGCUUCCAGCAUACAACAAACUACCUUAAAAUUAUCCUUCAAAUCUAUUAAAUAUGUUUUCAUGGCUAAUGUCACUGAAAUAGUAUGUUUUCAUCAACUGCAUUAUUGUUGCCUCCAUCACAGUUAACCUUGGCAUCUCUUGGCAGGGUCCUAUUGAUUCCAUUUGCCAUCAAAAUAUAUUUACGUGCACGAGUCUUGCUAUGAUCCUUUUUUUUUUCUGUUAUAAAACAAACCUAUAUUAUGAGACCCACAUACAUGGUGAUAAAUUGGGUAAGAACGUGCUUUCUGACUAAAAAUUGUUCUCAUGCCUAAUACUGGCCUUCAUACGUUUAGCAUUUUUUCAAAGACAGUAACACUCAUUCCAUCACACUGUUAUAUUUAAUUUAGGAUUUUUCUGUGAGUUCUAAUUGUCAUCCAGAACUUAAAUAGCCUGUUAUAAAUACUGGUUUUCAAAGACUAACCAAUAUAAGAGAUCAAGAAAAAAAGCUUUUAGACUCUUAGGUUUAUUUAAUUUUGGCUCUACUCAUCCAGUUUCAUGUAGUUUGCCAUUAAAACAAAAUCAAAGUAAGUCUUACGUUGGUGUUGAGUAACAGGAAUGAUUUUUGCAUUAAUGGUUUCUUUAUAUUUUCUUCAUUUGAACAACCAGCAUUACUGCCAAACACCAAUCGUGGUCCAUAUUUGUAACAGGUUUUUAACAUGACAUAGUUAGCAAGUUUGAUUGAAGAGAUUUUUAGGUCCUGGGCCUAUAAGAUUUUAGUAUGAUCUUUUUUCAUGUUUCUAAUGCUUGAGGCGUUACUGCUUAACUUGGAAAAAAAACAAAACAGUGUUGCUGCCAUUUGUAAGUUUUCCUAUAAUAUUCCUUUUAUUAACUUUAAAACUGGCCUUACUGGGUUCAAAUAGGCAGUAUCCCUUUUAAGUGACCUUUGCAACCCAAGUGUUACUUGCUUAUUUGAUGCUCUCUUCUAUUUUACAUCUCAUUUUAACCUUUCUCUCCACCAAAGCUUAAAUUCUAUGUCUUAAUUUAAAACUCUAAACUAUUCCAUUGAUCGUUAGCUGACACUAAGAAAUCUAGAGGUAGACAGCUUGACCUUGUGAAACAAAACGGACAUUGUGACUUUUUUAAGUGUAGAAUAGAAUGAGUUCACGUGCCCGCAGCUGAAAAUAUCUCAUCGUUAUCUAGAACUUGGUUGUUUUCCCAUUAGCCGAAUGUUAAUAUUGCUAAUAUUCCGUGUACCUUUCUGUAAACAGCAAAUCAAUACAACAUAAGUAUCUAGUGUUGAAUAAAUUCCAGAAUUUCAAAGACUCAGAUAACGCUUACCAAUAGUUUCAUCUACCUUACUUCUAGUUCACAUAGUUAACUCAAAGAAAUUCCACGGAGACUAAUGGGAUACUGUCUUGUAUAGAUGCCGGUUGAGUUUACCGCGUGGCCUGACAAAGCUGUCUUUUUUGUUGUGCUGUAUGAUUGUUGGAUCGUGCGUUUAGGAUACUUUUAUUGAAAUGCUCAGUGUGCAUCCAUGCGAAAGGCCAAUUGGCUCUGUGAACAAAAGAUCUUUUCUCCCCUUUAUUAUGUUCUCUUGACACUUUUGUGGAAAUUAACUAGCCUGAUAAAACACAUUUUGUAAAAAUUUGUAUAAUACUGUUAUAAAAAUAUUUAUAAUCCCAGAAAAUGUUGUGUUAAAUCUUGUGCAAAAACAGUAUAUUCAGAAUAAAAGUUUAUCAUUUAAAGUCA